UUUAUGUUUAUUAAUUUAUCCAAAUUUUUAUGUUGCCUAAAUGACACCUUUAAGUUAUUUUUUAGACGUCUAUAAGUAAAACUUUUUUGCAAAACCUUGCACUUUAAAAUUUUAAUUUUAUUACACUAUCAAGAGGCGCGGUUGCACCGCGCGCUAAAAUGUUACGCAGCGACCAACCUUUUUUACGCAAUCUUAUCAGAUGACAUCAAGAUUGCAAUGUUAUUAUGGAAAUAAAGAAACGAUUCAUCUAAUUACAGUUCUCAUAACUAAGAAUUUUAAUUAUAAGCAUGCGUGAUGGAUUUUUUUAGUUGAGUUAAUUCGAUCUCAAAACACUAAACGCAAUUUCAUUUAUACGUUACAUAAAAAAAGAAGUUAAGUAUCAAAUAAAAAAUUCAAGUUACAUAGGUAAUAUUAAUUAUAUAAUGUAUUCAUUCUUACACACAUACGCACACGCGCGCGCACACACACAUUCCGUUUAACUUUCAUGGUUUAUGCAGAAUUUUCCAUUCAGACUGUUUGUAAUAUUUUGAUUAAAGAACUGUUAUUUCGUAGUAUAUUGUGUCGACGAUACACACAAUUUUAAAAAGCAUUCACAUCAAAACAAAAGAGUUAAAAGAUUAUAUAAUAAAAUAUGAUAUUUAUAAGAAUGUAACUAUUAAUAACACGAUGUUCAAGUGAGUAUGUAUCAAUAUCUUCUUUUUUUUGUUAAUUAAUCAACAGUUCUCCACUUGCAAAGUCCUCUUUGGACUUUAUCUGCGAUCGUGACGCAGGUAUUUUAGUCUUCAUGGAGCGCAAUCUGAAAGUAAUCGUUCUCUGCAUAGCGGACGCUUGAAACUCUCGAAACGCUCGGACAUUCUCCUUUAGAAAUCAGUGUGUAAUCGACUUAUCGCGUGCGCAGCAGCGAUAUUCUGUGCUGUGUUACCAGUAUUUGUAGGACAAAUCCACCUGUGAAUAACCGGUUAAAAAACAACCGGUCAAGGCCGAUCAGAGAGCAACGAUGUCACUACCAAUUCGAUACGUCAGUAUAGAAGAUGAAUGCAAACGGAAUCCGGAACUCAAGAUGUCGGAUCUGCAAAUGUUGAAGGAUUGGAUGGACAAGCAGCCUCAUCUCCCGCAAAUAGAAAUGUUGUAUUUCGUUAUGUUUCUCCACAGUAAUUAUUAUCGCAUAGAGCCGACGAAGAAAACAAUAGACAAUUUCUUUACCAUAAGAACACAUUUGCCGGAAAUAUUCUCCAACAGAGAUCCAAUCGCGUGGAAAGACUUACGACAGGCCUUUUCUAUCAUAGCAGCUGUGCCAUUAGAGGAGAAAACCAAGGAAAAAUAUAUCAUGACGUUAGUCAAAUUUCUUGAUACAAAUCCGAGUAAAUUUAACUACUUAGAGUGCGCUAAAUAUUUAUUUAUGACAUGCGAAGUGCAAAAUGUGGUACAUGGCACCAGCGCAGGACAGAUUGUUAUUCUUGAUGCAGCCGGAUUUUCUUUUAGCCACCUCGCUAGUUUUAACUUGGUGAUAUUGAAAAAAAUUUUAUUCUAUAUACAAGAAGCUGCUCCAGUUCGAUUAAAGGCUAUACACAUAUUGAACACUAUGCCUGUAGUAGAUGCACUAGUGAAUCUGGUAAAACCCUUUAUGAAGAAGGAAUUGAUGAAUAUUCUACAUUUUCAUUCAAGCAUGGAAACCGUAAAAAAAUUUUUGCCUAUAGAAGGUUUACCAAACGAAUACGGUGGGAAAGCAGGAUCUACGGAAGAAAUAACUGCUAAACACAUCAAAUUGUUGGAGGAAUUUCGCGAUUGGUUUCAAUAUGACGAAGCUGUGGGACGAGUGAACGAAUCAUUGCGAGUUGGCAAAUGUGAAAAUGCGGAAAAUUUAUUUGGUGUAGAAGGUAGCUUUAAAAAAUUGGAACUAGAUUAAUCGGUCAAAUUUAAGAAGAUUCUUUAAUCUUUUCACAUGAUAUAAGUACUUGAUUAAGUUUUAAGAAUAAGUUUAUGAUUAUGUAGACAUUCGUAAAAAUUUUUAAACAUUUUAGGAAUCUAAUAAUCAAACUUAUGAAAGCACAACGUAUUAUUAACAUUACGAGAGGUUCAAAUUUGUACUCGUUAAUUGCGCUUGUCUCUUAUUUGCCCGAUAUUUUGUUUAAUUUUUAAUUAUCGAGAGUCCUCGUGAUAUACUAUUUUAUAAGAUAAACUGUAAAACAUGCGUCAAUCUCAAUUUUUUUUUAUUUUAUUGAAUUCACUUUCGAGAAGUUAAUAGUAAAAUUUGUGAAAGAUCAAUGUAUUACAUUAAGCUUUCAUAUAUUGUACACAAAUUAAGAAAAAGGAAACGUUAAAGAGAGAACAUAAAACAUUAACAUUAAGAAAGAUUAAAACUUGCGCCUCAUUAAUCUCUUUUAUCAUUUCACCAAUAUUUUUUUUAAUUUUCAACUUUUUUAAACAUACAGUUUUCAUUAAAUAACUUAAUAAAAUAUCAAUUAGUCUUAUGGUAAGAAAAGAUUUAAAAUAAUUUAAUCGCAAACAAAAUAUAUAAAGAAUUUUUAUAAAUUAUAUUUGUGAAGGAAUAGGGUUUAAAGAACAUUUUAGAAGUAGAGAAAGUUUUACCAUAUUAUUCUUAUGUAAGAAUAUAAUAAUGUUCUUGAAUUUUCUUUAAAUAUAAUGUCACUCUAGAAAA